UUUGACAUUUAAUUUACCAGUAAGCUCGUCAUCCUUGUAGUGAGUUUUUUGUGUGAAAUCAACAUUGCAAACUAUUUAAUUUAAUUUAUUGUUCCCUCAAAUAAUUACUGUUUAAUAUAUAACAAAAUGGCUGAUGAUUUCGAACCAAUGGAGCCAAGCUUGCGUAAUAUCGUAGAACAAUCUUCAUUGAAAUGGAUUUUCGUAGGCGGUAAGGGAGGUGUUGGUAAAACGACAUGCAGUUGCAGUCUCGCAGUACAAAUGUCCAAAGUACGUGAAUCGGUGCUGAUUAUAUCCACAGAUCCAGCGCAUAACAUUUCUGACGCAUUUGACCAGAAGUUCACGAAAGUUCCGACAAAGGUUAAUGGAUUCACAAAUUUAUAUGCAAUGGAGAUCGAUCCAAAUGCAGGUCUUAAUGAAUUGCCCGAUGAAUAUUUUGAGGGUGAAAAUGAAGGAUUACACUUAAGCAAAGGAGUGCUACAUGAAGUAAUCAAUGCGCUCCCUGGCAUAGAUGAAGCAAUGAGUUACGCUGAAGUGAUGAAACUUGUCAAAGCAAUGAACUUUUCUGUGGUCAUUUUCGAUACAGCGCCAACAGGGCACACAUUACGUUUGCUAUCUUUUCCACAGGUCGUUGAGAAGGGAUUGGGUAAAUUAUUGCGUUUAAAAAUGAAAAUUGCUCCAUUCAUCUCGCAAUUCGGAAGCAUAUUAGGAAUGGCUGACUUUAAUGCUGACUCCCUUACGCAAAAACUAGACGAAAUGCUAAAGAUUAUAAGACAAGUCAAUGAACAAUUUAGAAAUCCAGACCAAGCAACAUUUGUUUGCGUUUGCAUUGCUGAGUUCCUUUCAUUGUACGAAACGGAACGACUUGUUCAAGAAUUAACUAAAUGCGGCAUAGACACACACAAUAUCAUUGUUAAUCAACUAUUGUUCAAGAAGCAAAAUCAAGAGCCGUGUAAUAUGUGUGCGGCGAGAUAUAAGAUACAAGAAAAAUAUCUAGAUCAAAUUGCCGAUCUCUAUGAAGAUUUCCACGUAACGAAAUUGCCGUUGCUCGAAAAAGAAGUUCGUGGUGUCGAUAAUAUUAAGAGUUUCGCGGAAAACUUAGUUAAACCUUAUAGUCCUAAUUAAUUUUAAGGCAUACAAAAAUUCUAUAAUCUGCGCAGGUAGCGUUAUUAGAAAAUCCAAAACAAGUUUUUAUCUCAUAAUUUAACAUGAUAUAAAAAGUGCACGGAUCACAACUGUAUUCCAAUUCAUUAUAUUUGAUAAUAAAGUAAAAAAUAAAAAGAAAUCAAGAA